GCCGCCGCCGUCUUCGUCGUCGUCGAUGGCGUCAUCAGCAUCUGCACGCAGUGCGGCUCCACCACCUCAGCCGCCUAAGGAAUCUUUUGUCCGUCGUUAUAAGUACCUCUGGCCUAUGCUAUUGGCUGUCAAUUUCUCUAUCGGAGCUUACCUUUUCAUGAGGACAAAGAAGAAAGAUGUGGGAACCGAGGAAGGAGAAAUGCCAUAUGUUCCUAGCGCCGCUUCAACAACAGCUGCUAUGGCAGUUGGUGAAAAAGAAAAGGAAGUCACUAAAGAAGUCGCCACUCCACCUCCUGUGCUGCCUGUGAUUGUACGUGAGCCAAUACCUGAGAAUCAACAGCGUGAACUAUUUAAGUGGAUGUUGGAAGAAAAGAGAAGAGUUGAGCCAAAAGAUCACGAGGAGAAAAGGCGCAUUGAUGAGGAGAAAGCCAUUCUCAAACACUUUAUUCGAGCCAAGUCCAUUCCAGUUUUGUAGUUUCUGACUCCUGCGAACUUUCAGUACUCCUGGGCGUGGAUGAAAAACUUAAUCUUCAGGUUGGACUUUUUCAUCUUUUUGUUUUUCCAAAUGCGAGAAGGUGCUGACGUAAUGAAUCGAACAACGAAUCGAUGUCCGAUCUCUAUCUCCAAGUCUUUGGUUUUUCACAAGAAACCUUGUAAAUUUUGCAGGCUUUAACUAUGAAUUUUCACUAGCUAGAAGACAUCAUAUAGUUUUUGUUGUCUUUAUUCUAUCUUUACCCAAAUUGGAAGACUGAUGUAUUACUCUAGUAGAGAAUCAGCUUUCCAUUAAAAAUGUGAACAUGGACAAAAGCAGAAUAUUGCCUCCUAUUAAAGGUGGCGCAUUGAGUCAGAAGACUGUUAGACUUGCAA